CUUUUUGGUUGCUAUGUAGUUAGCGUCCCAUCUGUUGACGGUUGCUAGCAAAUGAAUAUAUCCUUAAUGUCAGGAAAGACGAACUUGUGAGGCUUUUUAAUGUUUAUAUCACGACGCGAGAGGGUAAAUUCGCCUUUAAGUGUGUUAUCUUAGACUUGCAAUGUAGGAACAAGGUGAGGAAUGAUGGUUUCGACGACAACUAUUAGCAUGCCAGCUAGCACUAGCUCGUUUGCCUCCAUUUUUAAGGCAAUUAUAAUGAACUGUUCCUGUGAUAAAAACGUGUAAACAUAUAUUCAAAAUAGAUUACUUUUGGUUACCCAUAAUCCAAUCUACCAUUUUCCAAGAGUAUAUUCCACUUGCAUUGUUAACGAGGACAGUAAUGCAAUGUGUUUGCAGGAUUUGCUGAGCAUAAUUUGGAAUCAUCCAUCCAUCCAUUUAUUACCGCUUGUCCCUUACGGCAGUGUUUUUCAACCACUGUGCCGCGGCACACUCGUGUGCCGUGAGAUACAGUCUGGAGUGCCGUGGGAGAUUAUCUAGUUUCACCUAUUUGGGUCACAAAUAUUUUUUGCAAACCAGUAACUAUAGUCUGCAAAUGAUGCGUUGUUGUUGAGUGUCUGUACUGUCUAGAACUCUAGUAACCGUGUAAUACUCUUCCAUAUCAGUAAAUGGCAGCCGGUAGCUAAUAGCUUUGUAGAUGUCGGAAACAGCGGGAGGCAGUGUGCAGGUCAAAAGGUGUCUAAUGCUUAAACCAAAAAUAAAGAAAAGGUGAGUGCCCCUAAGAAAAAGCAUUGAAGCUUAGGGAAGGCUAUGUAGAACAACACCAAAACUGAACUGGCUACAAAGUAAACAAAAACAGAUUGCUGGACGACAGCAAAGACUUACUGUGGAGCAAAGACGGCGCCCACAAUGUACAUCCGAACAUGACAAUGUCCCCACAAAGAAGAAUAAAAACAACAAAAAAAUGUUGGAUUGCUAAAACAAAGUAGAUGUGAGAAAUAUCGCUCAAAGGAAGACAUGAAACUACUACAGGAAAAUACCAAAAAAACAGGAAAAGCCACCAAAAUAGGAGCACAAGACAACAACUAAACACUACACACAGGAAAACCGCAAAAAAAGUCCAAAUAAGUCAGGGUGUGAUGUGACAGGUGGUGAGAGUACACCUAGUUUAAGUCAAGAGCUAUAUUGAUGCAUGCUUGGUUAUGGUUUAAAGCAGUUGUUCUUAAACAGGGUUCGAUCGAACCCUAGGGGUUCAGUGAGUCGGCUUCAGUGGUUCGGCGGAGCAUCCACUCAAGCCAGACCCGACUCAGCGUGUACAUAAAAACUUCUCCCUAUCGGCAUAUUAGGGAUACGGCAACAGCAGAACCCAAACUGAUUUGCAGGUGUGUAAUUUGUUACGAGUUCAUGCACUGUGUUGGUUUGGUUCUUUAAACAAGGUGAUGUUCUUGCACAGGUCAUUUUGUGCACCAGUAAAAGAUCAUAUAACUUUGUCUUGAAUUCGAAAAACAUUUUAUUUUUCACUAAAGAAGGGUUCAGUGGAUGUGCAUAUAAAACUGGUGGGGCUCAGUACCGCCAACAAGGUUAAGAACCACUGGUUUAAAGUCAUAUCCAACAAUUGCGACGACUUUUUACUGUCAACUGAGUUUUGUUUUUUAAGGAUUUCUGCUGGUGGUGUGCCACCGCAUUUUUUCAAAGCAAAAAAUGUGCCUUGGCUCAAAAAAGGUUGAAAAACACUGCCUUACGGGGUCGCUGGUGCCGAGGCUUAUGUGGUAGAAACACGUCGGAUUCAAUGGAAUGCACCCAAUAGUAGAAACUGAUUGGAGUCAACAAAGGCUUCAAAAUCAGAACUAUAGAAGAAUACAUGUUUGCCUUCUAUGUGGGAUUUUAAAAAGUUGUAGAUACUCACAUGAGUUUCAAAGAGGAACACAUGAGUUUCAAGGAGGAAGCCAAGAUGGGGGACAUCUUAGCCACAGAAGCCAAUCUGCUCGGGAUGAUCAAGGAGUACCUCAAGAUUGAACAGUUUGAUGAAACUGUUCAGAGUUUUGACAAAGAGUGCAAAAACAAAGGAAAGCUUGUACCCAAGCCUCAAGGAAAUGUUCUGAGGGAUUUAAAGACUCACAUCACCCAGAAAGAUCUACUUAGCUCUUUUGAUAAUGGAGACUACAAUGUGUUUUUUGAGCUGUGGGCUGAACUUAUUCCAUAUGAUGCAAACAACACAGAGGCCCUAAAGCUGGAGUUUUACCUCCACAUCCACUUUACCAUCUACCCACUGAGAAGUCACCCUUCAAGACAAGACCGGACAGAGUUUGAAAAGAGGAUUUCUCAUUUUAAGAAGUUUCUGGAUAUGCGAGGAGGAGCACUGAGCCAGAACCCGGAGUUUCUGCCUUACUAUGCUUUGCCUUUUGUGUCCAACCCCUGUGCCCAUCUCUCCUUCAAGGAUCUCUUUAAGGAUUCCUGGAUACCAAAGUUGAAGAAUAAACUUGAGGAGUUUCUGUCCAUGGCACUUAAGCAUUCAAACUGUCCAAGACUGCUGACGUUAUAUAAGGAGGGUGGAAAGAGAUCUAAAGAAGCCCUGCAGCAGCUCAAAUUUCAGCUUGAAGAGUCAGAGUGGCGCGCUUCCACUUACAAGCGGAAGUUCAACAAGAUGCAGGCUGACUACUACCAGCUGAUUACUAUCACUGCUGAGCUGGUUGACUCUUUGGAGGCCACCAUCAGCGGAAAAACGGUACUCUCUCCUGAGUACCUGCACAAUGUAUGUGUUCGCCUGUUCAGCCGGCAGAUGAAGCAAAGUGCAGUGCAGAUGACUGACUUUACCAGGCCUGGCAGUGGAUAUUACUCAAUGAGUCCCUAUGAUGAUGGCUAUGCUUCCUCAAUACUACGAGCAUCUAUUGCACCACAAACUAAGGAAGUGCCAAUGCUGCCCUCUUUGGAUUACGUGAAGUUGAAAAAGGACCUGCAUAGAGGAACAGACCGCCUCAGGUCUCUGCUGCUUCAGGCGCUGCGCUGGAGACUAACUCGCUCACUUCCUGGUGAACAGAGAGACGCCGUACUUCAAGCAUAUAUAAGCAACGACCUGUUGGAACGCAACAGCACAGAGCAGAAAACGGUGCUUCAUUUACUGACUUCCAAGAAUGAGAUAGUGCGACAGUACAUGGCUCGCCUAAUCAAUGCAAUUUCCUCUAUUGCAGAUGGGCGGGUUUACCUCUCCCAAAUCCCAUAUAUUCCUAAAAUCUUGAUAAAAACACUCUCAACAGAGGCAAAGGACUCAUUGACCAGAGAGAAUGUACUAGUAUCUCUACAGAAACUCAGCCUGAGGAAGAACCAGCAGCUGGCCAUGAUCGAAAAUAAUCUGAUUGGCUGGCUAGUGGAUGAACUUGAUGACACAGACUCUCUGAGCGAUGACACCCUGGAGUAUUCUGCAGCUCUUCUUAUGAACUUGUGCCUGCGAUCAAAAGGAAUAAAGAAGUGUGCAGAAAACGCGCAACACGUGCUAAAGGUCCUCACUGACCUCCUUGGGCAUGACAACGAUGAGAUUCACAAAUAUGUGAAUGGAGCCCUUUACAACAUCUUGUCCAAUCCGUCUGUCAGACAAGAAGCAAAAGAGAUGAGUGUGGAGGAGAUCCUUAGCUGCUACAGGAAAGAGGACAACCCAGCUCUUUACAGGCAAAUUGGCUUUGUCAUUAAACAGCUCAACUCAGCGGAAGGGCAAGAGUCGGAUGAUGACGAGGAUGAGGAUGAAAAUGAUGAGCAUGAAAAUGAUGAAGAUGUAAUGGGGUCAGACAUAGAUAAAGAGGAGGUCCUGCAUCCUCAGCCCAGAGAGCUGUCUGGGGAAAGUUUGCUCAACACUGAAUACCUGGGUAUUAUUACUAACGUACCCAAACUGAAGAGGAAAUCGACUACACAGCCUCAACCAAGCGUUGACGAGCCCCUACAGCGGCCGGUGACCCCAGGCUCACAUCGUUUUACAGAUGCAAUGGGAGAUUUGAUCUCUGCUUUUCAAAGUAAACCUAUGCUUGCUCGGACUCCUGACCCAGAACCCAUUCAAUCCCAGUCCGAACCCCGGCUGUGCACUGCAAGCUCUUCAAGCACGUGUUUUAUGGGAGGUCAGAAUGAAGCCCCCAACUCCACACCUCCUGUGUCCUCAUCCAGGCAGUGACUCAAAGCAGUGUUGAAGAGGGAGCUGUCACCACAGCGUAGCUCUAUCUUCCCCGGAGCAUCAAGCUUCCUGUAACAUCAUCCUUCCAGGUUUUGAUCAGGGUCAGGGUAACAGAGAGGGUCGAGAAUCGGCGGCGGGGGCAGAGGAGCCCGAACAAUGCAAAGGAUUGUGGUGCUGCAUUUUUUCUCGGCUGCAGCACAGACUUUUGUAACCCGAUAUGAGGUCAGACAAUAAUCGCGUACCGCAGCCGGCCAACCGGGUACUGUAUGUGGCCUCGUUUGGCCCACAAUUUCUCCGCACGCUCGCUCUCUCAACGAGGUCACACUUGGCACACCUGAAUAUGUGCAACAUCCUGCUGCCAUUACAGGUCACAAGACAAAGCUUUUUUUCGUAUACAUUUUUUUUUUCAAGCUGAUCCUAAUACAGAUAAUUCCCUGUUCCUUAAAGGCCUACUAAAAUGAGAUUUUCUUAUCUAAACGGGGAUAGCAGGUCCAUACUUUGUGUCAUACUUGAUCAUUUCGCGAUAUUGCCAUUGUUUUGCUGAAAAUAUUUAGCAGAGAACAUCGACGAUGAAGUUCGCAACAAUUGGUCGCUAAUAAAAAAGCCUAGCCUGUACCGGAAGUAGCAGACGAUGUGCGCGUGAUGUCUCGGGUUGUAGAGCUCCUCACAUCCUCACAUUGUUUAUAAUCAUAGCCACCAGCAGCAAGAGCGAUUCGGACCAAGAAAGCGACAAUUUCCCCAUUAAUUUGAGCGAGGAUGAAAGAUUCGUGAAUGAGGAAAGUUAAAGUGAAGCACUAGAAAAAAGAAUAAAAAAAGGCGAGGCAGUGGGAGCGAUUCAGAUUGUAUUAGACACAUUUACUAGGAUAAUUCUGGAAAAUCCCUUAUCUGCCUAUUGUGUUACUAGUGUUUUAGUGAGAUUAUAAAGUCAUACCUGAAAGUCGGAGUGGUGUGGUGACCGCCAGUGUCUCUGAUGGAAACCAUGGAGGAGCCAAGAAAGUCGCAGCUGCCUCUUUGACAGCUGCAGGAGGACGCAAGCUCCCCUCAUGUCUCCGGUAAGAGCCGACUUAAUAUCACAAUUUUCCCAUCCAAAAACUUGCUGGUUGACGUAGAGAAACAUGUCCGCUUGACCGCUCUGUGUUAAAGCUUCACAACAAACAAAGAAACACCGGCUGUGUUUGUGUUGCUCAAGGCAGCUGCAAUCCACCGCUUUCCACUAACAGCAUUCUUCUUUAUAGUCUCCAUUAUUAAUUGAACAAAUUGCAAUAGAUUCAGCAACACAGAUGUCCAAAAUACUGUGUGAUUAUGCGAUUAAAGCAGACGACUUUUAGCCGUCAGUGGUGCUGGGAUAAAAUGUCCGCUCCAACCAAUAACGUCACAAUCACACUUCAACAUAAGCGUCAUCAUUCCGCGACGUUUUCAACAGGACACUUUGCGGGAAAUUUAAAAUUGCAAUUUAGUAAACUAAAAAGGCCGUAUCGGCAUGUGUUGCAAUGUUAAUAUUUCAUCAUUGAUAUGUAAACUAUCAGACUGUGUGGUCGGUAGUAGUGGGUUUCAGUAGGCCUUUAAGACCAACACGAUACUUAAUUUAUAUCCAUAUAUUUCUUCUGCUAAAGUUUCUGCAAAUCUUUGUUUGUAGCAGGGUUUGGGCCCGUUUCUUAAGCAGCAGGUAUCUUCAUAGGUUUUCAAAACACAGCUGGGUCAGGUGGUAAAGCUCGACGAUUGCCUCAAGAACGUUUGGUGCAAAUAGCACGCAAAAGAUCUUCCUCUGAGACAGUGAAGUCCCACACAAUGGACACCAUGUUUGUUUACAGUGAGCUCUGUAGAAGUUUGCGACAGGCUGCUUCCAGCGCAGGAGAAUAGGAGCGCUUGAUUUGCUCACCCUAACCUACCCACAGCACAGUACAGGUAAUCUCGCCCCAUUGAAGCGUUUUAAAUCGGUUAUCGGAUUCAUCGGUAUGAUGUCAUAAUGUCUCACUCAUAUGGGCCAAAUAAUUAUGUCACACGUGUCAUGCACCCUUUCUUUUUUAAAAAUGGAUCUACUAAUUAUUGGGAUGGUUACUGAACAUUUCCAAAUGAAUACAUCAUCCUAUAUUUAAAUGGUAAAUGGUUUGUACUUGCAUAGGGCUUUCCUACCUUUUUUUUUUUUUAAGGAACUCAAAGCGCUUUGACACUAUUUCCACAUUCACCCAUUCACACACACACUGAAUGUAAGAUCAUUAGAUUUCAUUUUAGGAUGUUUUAUUCGAACAGCAUAUUUUAAUGAUCCUUAGGUGGACACAUGCUUGCAAAUGUAUAGUUUUUGUAAACACAUCUUUAAUCCUAAAUGGAUAUUUAUAGGAUAUAAAAUACAUUACAUUAUGAGCUCAACAGUUAUAUUCCUAUGUGUUUGGCUAAUGCGCUCAUAUAUCUCCUAAAAGGGACAUAAUAUUGUUUUCUACUUUCAAAACACUUCAUUGUGGUCUACAUAACAUGUAAUGGUAGCUCUUUGGUCAAGAUUUUGCAUAGAUUAUGUUUUAGAGACUGUCUUCAAACUGCCUGGUGGAGCUAUUUUCCCUAGGUGCCUGAGUGGCACUUUGGAGCCAGAAAACAAGGACAAUUAGGUGUGCACUGAUUGCACCAGAGACUUAUUGUUUUUGACCGCAGGCCGACGGCAUUGUGAGUUUGUAUUAUAAGAAUUUAUGCUUUGUUUGAGGAUAAAUUAAAAUUGACUUUUGUAUCACAAAGGAACUUUGUUUAUUCUUUUGUUUAAAGUUAAAAGUUAAAGUACUAAUGAUUGUCACACAUACAGUAGGUGUGGUGAGAUUAUCCUCUGCAUUUGACCCAUCUCCCUCACCCCCUGGGAGGUGAGGGGAGCAGUGAGCAGCAGCGGUGGCCGCGCCCGGGAAUCAUUUUUGGUGACUUAAUGGUAGAAGUUUGUUAUCAGAAGAAUAGCCUGCCGAAAGCCGCAAUUGUGUCUCAAUCGCCCAUUUUGUGGGCCGUCUUAUUUACGUAGCUUCACUUUUGACAGUGUCUUCUCCCCGCCAUAUUUGUUGUAGUUAUAGCGCUUCCAUAUCGAGUGUACUGACGGAUUAAGUUAAGUGAAGUUAAGUUAAAGUACCAAUGAUUGUCACACACACACUAGGUGUGGUGAAAUUUGUCCUCUGCAUUUAACCCAUCUCCUUGUUCACCCCCUGGGAGGUGAGGGGAGCAGUGGGCAGCAGCGGUGCCACGCCCGGGAAUAUUUUUGGGUGAUUUACCCCCAAUUUCAACCCUUGAUCCAGAGUGCCAAGCAGGGAGGUAAUGGGUCCUAUUUUUAUAGUCUUUGGUAUGAUUUGGCCGGUGUUUGAACUCACAACCUACCGAUCUCAGGGCGUACACUCUAACCACUCCCCUGUAAAGUAGCAUAUUUAUAUUUCCAAUAUAAAUAUGCUUCUUUAUAUUGGAAAUGGCGACAGGGGAGGAUGCAUGUGCAUGUACGAGCCAGUCUGCCCCACAACAAGAGAAUAGAGGAAAAUAAGGAGCUUAUUGGCUGCAGCAUUGGACAUUAAAGGCGGACGCGUGCAAAGGGAACUUUAAGUUGUUGUGUUGUCUUAUUUAUCAAUACACGAUGUCAUGUACAUACAACAUCUGGCAAAAAACUUGAAAUUGUAUGAAUAUUUUGAAGUAUCAUUCUUUACAUUGUACGUUUGCACUGUUGAGAUGUAUGUAUGUUUUUUAUUUUUCAUGCUGUUAUAAAUGAUGUGAUAUCUUAGUAACCAUUGCA